AUGGCUCUGAAUUAUGCAGCAGACGACUCAUCGAUCUCUGCGGCGAGGGGGUCAUUGAGUAGUAAAACCCCUGAGGAUGCUAAAAUCUUGAUUGAAAACAUGGCAAGUAAUGAGUGUCAUUGGUCUACUAGGGAAAAAAACCCCCUAAAGGCAGCUGGAAUUUAUGAGAUAAAUGACAACACUGCGCUAGCCGCCAAGGUUGAGGCCCUAACAAAGAGAUUCGAUCAGUUUGUGUUGGGUACGAGCUCAAAUACUGGUGCAGUUUUGUCUUGCGAGACUUGUGGGGCCGGGCAUGCUAUUGUUCAGUGCCCAAUUUCAAUAGCCUCAGAUGCCCCAGUUGAGACAGUUGAUUAUGUUGGAGGAGCUCCCAGAGGCCCGUGGAAUCCUUAUGGAAACACAUAUAAUCCGGGGUGGAGGAAUCACCCAAAUUUUUCUUGGGGUCAACAACAGCAACAUCGGCCCCCGCAGCCACAGGGACUUCCACCUCAACCUCUUCAACAGCCCGAGAAGAAGUUCACCACUGAAGAUGUGUUAGCAAGGUUUAUGAUCAAUACCGAGGCAAAAUUUGUGAACAUCAACAACCAAUUCGCUGAAGUGGGGCAACUUGCUAGGGCAAACUUAGAGCGACCGCCGGGUAGCUUACCUAGUAACACUGAAAAUAAUCCAAGGGAGCAUUUGAAAGCCAUCACUCUCAGGAGCGGGAAGCAGGUUGAAGCACGAGCCGAGGAGGGCUCAAGCACUAAACAUAAUGGGGUAGCCGCACGGGAAGACCCUAAGCCAUCUGAGAGUGAACUUGAAGGGGUAAAGGAAAAACAAGAUGAAGGAGCCAUUCAACUACCAACACCAAGGAUACCCGAGUACAAGCUGGUGAUCCCCUAUCUGACUAGGCUGAGGCAAGAUAAGGACGAGGCUCAAUUCAAGAAAUUCCUCAAUGUAUUCAAGCAGUUGCACAUAAAUAUCCCUCUUGUUGAAGCGUUAACUCAGAUGCCCAAGUAUGCAAAGUUUAUGAAAGACCUGCUGACUAAUAAGAGAAAAUUGGAGGAAUUAGAAAUAGUUGCACUACCAUGGAACUGCUCUGCAAUGAUUCAGAGGAAGCUCCCUGAGAAAUUGACUGAUCCCGGGAGUUUCAUUAUUCCAUGUGUGAUUGGGGAAGGCAUGCAAGAGAAAGCCUUAGCAGACUCUAGGGUUAGCAUCAAUGUAAUGCCUUACAAGCUGUUUUUAAAAUUGGGAUUAGAAGACAUGAGGCCCACAAGGAUGACGAUACAACUUGCAGAUCAUUCUAUCAAGAAGCCCCGUGGUGUUGUUGAGGAUGUGCUAGUUAGAGUAGACAAGCUCAUUAUCCCUGUGGAUUUCAUUAUUCUUGAUGUGGAUGAUGAUGUUGAAGUCCCAUUGAUCCUCGGGCGACCGUUUCUUAACACCGCCGGUGCCCUCAUUGAUGUAAAAGGGGGAAAAAUGACAUUGAGAGUGGGGGAUGAGGAAGUCAUUCUCACUCUUCCCGUGACCAUGAAACACAACUUGGACCACGACGAUCCCUCUACUUUCUUGAUGAAAGCCCGAUAUGAUUAUUCUCGAUUGUGUGCGGGAGGUCUUGGCAAUUAA